UUUUCCAGACCACACGGCAGCGCGCUGUUAUCGCCAAUAACUCUAUCCGGCUAAGCUAAUCCGGUUGCCUUUAAAGAAGCACCGUCAGGAUUAGUAAAUCUCCAACACGUCGUUAUUAUCACUAAUUUGUUAAACGACACACGAAGCCCGGAACAACUUUAUUGUUGUGUGUGUGUGUGUUUUCCAAGAUGGCGGCCGGGAUGUAUCUGGAGCACUACCUGGACAGUAUAGAGAACCUUCCGUUCGAGCUUCAGCGGAAUUUUCAGCUCAUGCGGGACUUGGACCAGCGGACUGAAGAUCUGAAGAGUCAGAUCGAUUCCCUAGCUCGUGACUACACGGCGAACGCCCGGACCCUGACCUCAGAGCAGAAACUCUCUCUCCUGAGGCAGAUCCAGCAGUCAUAUGGGAAGUGCAAAGAAUUUGGAGACGACAAGGUCCAGCUGGCCAUGCAGACGUACGAGAUGGUGGAUAAACACAUCCGGAGGCUGGACACAGAUUUGGCCCGGUUUGAGGCGGACCUCAAAGAGAAACAGAUAGAAAGCACAGACUACGAUUCUACCUCUAGUAAGGGAAACAAGAGUGACCUUCGUGGACCUAAAGAGAAAAAGGUCUCUCGCACCAGGUCAAAGGUCAAGAACUCGGACGAAGACUGCAGUCCUAAGAGCAGCCAGAAGAAAGUUAAGCUGACGCAAACGACCGAGUUCUCCUCUCCAGCUGUGAAUUUUGGCAACGUUCACCCCUCAGACGUGCUGGACAUGCCGGUGGACCCGAAUGAGCCAACAUACUGUCUGUGCCACCAGGUCUCCUAUGGAGAGAUGAUUGGCUGCGACAACACUGAUUGCUCUAUUGAGUGGUUUCACUUUGCCUGUGUGGGCCUGACCACCAAGCCCAGGGGAAAAUGGUACUGCCCCAGAUGUUCACAGGAGCGGAAAAAAAAGUGAACGUUCGUUUUUCUCGAAAGAAAACGAAAGAACGGAAGAUGGAAUACGGCAGAGAAAAAGAUUAGAAAGAAAAAAAAAGGAAAAGAGGAAAAACGAAUCUCUCUCUCUAUAUAUAGACACUAAUCUAGAUUUAUGCUCUGCUUAAUCUGGUGCUUGUCCUCCUCCUUUUAUUUCCUAUCCUCACCUUCUUCUCUCUGUACAACAGAAAGUCGGGAUGACGGAUGGACGAAGGAGCUGUAGUUAUAACUGUAGCUUAAUUUAUGUUGGUUUUUAUUUUUUUGUUUUCGUUAUUUUGCUUUUUUUAUAUAUAUAUAUAUAUAUAUAUAUAUACUGUAUACAUAUAUAUGUUUACUUUGAACGGUUGUUAUAUAUGUGUUUGGUCGCUUUAUGAUAUAUUUUUUAAAACAAACUUUUCUUUGUAUAGUAACACAAACACACAGCAGUAGAUAAAUCAGGGAGCAUGACACACAGUCCUUAAGUACCAUAUCAACGGUUUAUUAUUAUUAUUUGCUGGGAUUUUUUUUUUUUUGUUUUUUACCAAAAGGUUUUGAGUCAAACACUGGCACAAGGCGAUCCUAUACAAAGGUAGUUCUUAGGUCUUAGAGGCUGUUUGUUUUUCCUUUUUUUUUUUAUUGUUUUUUUUUUUUUUUACUCCGACAUUCUUGAUUAUUUUUUUGUUUGCAUUCCUCGGGGAUCGUUUUUCUCCAUCUCGAAUAUGUGCAUGUACGAGCUUUCCCCUCCCCCAACACCACGCACACACGUGGGUACUUCGGUUAAACGUAUUUUCGAGGGCGUACUGAUCGAUAACUUGCACACAACGCACAUAAACCAGUGACUUUCACUUUCACUUCCAUGUUUCAGGUUUAUUCCACAACUAGCUGCUGUGAAUGACAUUUCCUCUGGUGCUCAUAACAUUUCACUAUUCAAUUUUACAGAAUCAAACAUACGCAUAGCAUUAACUCACAAAAGAUUUGCGACUGCGAUAGAUUUGAGUAAAAUCAAAAACAAAGAAAAACGCACUCGUAUUUGACCUCGACUGGAUUUAUUGGUGCUCUUGAGGAGGUUUAGCAACAGAUGAUUACUUAAAGGGCGUAAAAAAAUGAAUAAUUCCUACACUCAUAUUAAUCUCUCCAUCACAUGGCUGGUGCCAGAGGUUAAGGUGCUGUUGUUCAUAUUAAAAAAACUCGGCUGUGAUAUUUAAUACGUGAUUUGCUAACACUUUAUUUAAAGGGUACAUACGUAGGGUCUUUAACGCAUCCAUAAACUCAUAAGCUAGGUGUAAAUAGUUUAUAAAGCAGUGCCGGAUUGGAUGAAGAGCUUGUAGAUGACAAAACGUGUACGGUUGGAGGUUUUUCUUUUAUGUAACUCUGUCUUUACAUAAUACAAGAGAAGAGGGAUUGUUAUUUUGUUUAAAUUCAAUAUUCUGCUAUUUAGCAUUUACCGAUACAAUACAAGUUUCCAAUACAAAAAUGAACCACAAAUAAAACAUUUGUUACAACCGCUAAUGAUAACCAAGCCUGUAUUUUUCUCUGAUAAGUAAAGACAGAGCAAUACAUUUCACACAACUUUACACGUUUUGCCCGUAAUCCUCAAAGUAGUGCUUUUUAAAACAUUUCUUCCAUUCACAACAUGUUCAUCACACAGUGAUGUUUGUUUCUAGUAUAUCUUUGAUUAAAUGUGCUUAUUUAAGCUGAUUUAUUAUCACAACACAUUGUGUGUGUAUGUAUGUGUGCGCGUGUGUUUUAUUAGAAUAUUAUAUCAGCCUUAAAGUGGAAUUUGCAUGAAGUGUUAGUGAAGGUACUUUGAUUGUAAUUUGAUUGUUACAGAACUUUAAACUAAUGUCAGAUCCUCUGUUUAGUGUCUUCCAUGUUGACUGAACAACGCCUGAUGUCUGAAACAGAUUGAAAAUAAUUGCUUAGAAACAUGAA